AUGCGCCCUGCGGUUUCGUCCAAGCAUAGGGUCAUGAACUCGGCGUUGUAUGCAGUAGGUUACUUGGUGUUGGUACUGGCGUUCGCGGUUCGCUCACUGCAACUGCUGUACACGAUCGCGGCGUUACUAUCUCGGUUCGUCGCUGACAGGCCUCACGAGAUGGUUGGGGUGAACCCCCUUAUGCCGGGCGUAGCUGAUAGUUGGGCUGUACUAGAUGGUGCUGUUACCGCCCUAUUGCCCUUGGUGUUGGCCUUAUCUAUGUGGAGUAUGGCCAGUAGUGAUGGCGCGGUGCUUUUGUGUAUGUCGACAAGAGUGAACCGACAGCCUGUUACUGGCCUAUGUGCUGAUGAUGGUGCUGUAUUCUUCUAA